AUGGCGCAGCAAGGUCCACCAAGGACUGGUCUUACUCACAAAACGAGUAUUACAGACCUUGUAAAGGAUUUAGAGCUUCUCCGUGUGGAUACUAAAGAUUAUGGCGAGUCAAUGGACAGCAUGGGCAGGGCUCUAGACUUAAGGAUCGAAGAACUGAAAACAAAUAAUGGAACUUUACUGGAGGUAUGCUUUUCCUAUGAUCAUUUUUUUUUAAUUAUAUUUUUUAUCGAAGCUUACAGAUAUUUUGUAUUUCUUAUGUUCAUAAAACGUCCACACUUUCAAAUUCGAACAAGUCCCGCCUCGUCGAUAAUUCGGGCUCUUGGUCAGUUGUUUCCUUGAUACUUAAGUUCGUGAAUAAUCAGGAUAGAGGUUGAUGAUCGGAGUUCCUUAAGGAUGGUCCGGAUGAGGAUUAAUGAUCCACGAUCACUCGGAUCAUGGUGAAUCAAACGUACCGAUGAAUCCUUGUCCGGAUGGGGUUCAGCAGUCCUUUAAUGCACCAUGAACCGAGUCAUUUGAAUUCUCAUCUCAGAGAAAAAACCUAUUUAAGAAUCUAAAUAGCCCAAAUUUGCUAAUCACCAUUUAUGUGAGAACCUGUUUAGGCUAACUUCGAAAAAUCCAGGUUCUUAGUCGCGGGUUUUUACUGUAUGUAGUGAGAGUCUCGAGACUUUGUAGAGUGCUAUUCGUCCUGCCUAACGCUUUGUAUUGUCGAAUGUUGAACCACGUAAUCGUGAACAUUAGAAACGUCGCAACAAUUUCCUUAGCACUAUCAAAUAUUGCUGUUUUAGACAAUGAUAUCGCAUGUUGUACAUUGUAUAUCUUUGUGUACCUAAGCUACAAUGCGCCUGCGGGAGCUAAACAAAGUGGAGAACAGCUUCAACAUUUCGAGAGGAAGAGAAAUUAAUAGACGAUGUCAUUUAUGACAAAUGUUAAGACACAAGAACCCGGGAUCACUAUUUUCCAUUUUUCUUGGGUCUGCUUUCACAAUGAACAAAUUCGUCCGAAAAUGCACUCCAUGCUCCUGAUUCAGCGCGAAAGGAAGUCAUAACAAAAGUAAGAAGAAUGAGGAAGUAAGGUGAUCUUGAUAGUAUUAAGGAAGUGAAAGAUUAGUAUGUCACGCAACGGGUUGGAGAUUGUCAAUGUGUAAGUGAUUUGGAAGACCUCAGAUAACAUGACCUCAAUCAAGUUGGCGUCCAGCGGUUUUAGUGAAAACAAUGGUAAGUACGUGGUGUAACAUCAUAUAGUUUGGUUGGGGUGCUCAGUCUCGCGGGCUCAUAAAACCUAGUCUCGGUCAUUGUUAUUUAAGGAUUUUCAAGUGAUUUUCGUUGAUUCUCUAUUAAGACUAUUAAACGGACACAUACUGUCGGUCCAGAAGUUGAGACUGUAUCCUUUUUGCUUAAUGAGGGGUACAAUUUCUUGGGAAAUGAUAAUGCUAUUCAUUACAUUAUUCGUUCUUUUAGGGUUACAACAAGAUCGUGAAAGACCUCAAGCAAACUCAUAAGCAACGGCAUGCUUUAAAGGACUGUUAUUCGAAAAUAAAGAAAGUUCUUUCCAAUACGCAAGGAAUUUCUCUGCAAGAAGAGGCCGACUUUCGGAACAGAGCUGAAAAAUGCAACAAGGAUCUCAAAAACAAGAAAUUCACAGUUCUCGUAGCUGGUAAGCACCAAGGAUUUUGAAGACCAUCACCUCACCUCCAUAAAAUUCUGUGAAUCACAGUGAAUUUAUAUAUUCCUUUCAUAAACCACUUUUUGACUAACUAUAAAAUCAAUUCCCCAGCCCGAACGAUUUUAUGCAACCGGUAAACCACCUUUCUAUAAGACGACAACACUUACUGACGUAGAACGACUUUAAAAUUUAACUUUAUCUUCAACAGGAGAGACCAGCGCGGGGAAAAGCAGCCUGAUAAACCUAUUACUAAAUGAACAAGUUCUUCCAACUGGCCUACUGGAGAACACCCGUACUAUCUGUGAAAUAUCUUAUGGAGCCAAGCAAGAAGCAGUCAUACAUUUUGCUAGAGAAGGAACGCCCUCCCUUAUACUAGGGAAUAUCAAGUCUGAUACCUUAAAACAGUACAUCGAAAAACCAACCAGUCAUAGAGACUGGUGCAAAAAAAUUGAAAUCAAGAUACCUAAUUCACUGUUGAAGGUAAUCUAA